AUGCUGACUCAUCUCCUUGGUGCGGUGCUCCUGGCAUUCCUCGCCGGCCAGAACUGGGAUACCAUCCUGUCCAGAGUCGGCACUGCAGGAUUCUCGCCUGCUUUUCUGCAGAAGCCCCUUGGCUACCGUCCUGGACAGCAACCGUCAGGCUUUUUCCCUGAUGACUGGGUCCUCGAAACACGUACGUUCCUGCCCAAUCACUACCAGACUGCUCCCUAUGUCUCCAAUGGGUAUUUCGGCCAGAGCUUGCCCUCCGAAGGCGUGGGCUACUGGAUUGAGCGGGACGAAAACGGCAAUUAUGCAAAGAACUCCUGGCCCCUGGACCAACCACGAGCCACCUUUGGCACCAUAGCCGGCUUCUGGAAUCUGCAGGCCAGGACGACGCACGUCAGCCUGCCGGAGAACCUCAAGCGAGGCGGCGAGUCGGUCAUCAGCGGCAUUCCGGACUGGACUGCGCUGGUCGUGACCACCAGCGACGGGCAGUGCUACGAGCCUGGCGUCAACAAGAGCAGCGUCAAGGCCUUCUACCAGUCGCUGUCCAUCCGCAACGGCAUUGUGCACACCAACGUCACCUGGGCGCCUCGUGGAGAAGAAGGCGCGCUCUACCAGUUGAAUUUCACCGUGUUCGCGCAUCGGAAACGCGUCAAUGUGGGCGUCGUCAGGCUGGACCUCGCGGCCAGCGAGGACGUCAAAGUCCAUGUGACUGAUAUGUUGGACGGUGCUGGAGCCGUGCGGGCCAAUUUCGCAGACAAAGCAGUUGAGAAGGAUGACAAUACCAUCUGGACCAGUGUCAAGCCCUGGGGCAUCGGAAAUGUGACUGCCUAUGCUUUGUCCUCGGUGGAUAUGGACAGCAAUGACCACGCAGAGCUCCGCAGAGCCCAGCAGUCGAGAACGGACGCCACAGACUCGCCCUGGCUGUCGAAAAAUCAGAGCACAGUCGCGCAAAGCUGGGAGCUUCGCCUGAAGCCGGGGACAUCUGUCACGAUCUACAAAUACGUCGGAAUCGCUUCGAGCGACGCAUUCCCCCGGGAAACAUACUCUACCGCGAAGAACGCUGCCCUCGAGGCCAAAAGGCUUCAAUGGCAUGCGCUGCUAGACGAACACGUCCAGGCGUGGGAAGAGUCCUGGCACGCAGCGGACAUCAUCAUCCCCGGCGACAAGCAGCUGCAGACCAGCGCGCGGGCAACCCUCUUCCACAUCCUGACGAACCUGCGUCCUGGGACCGAAGGCGCUGGUCUUUCCGACAACUCGAUCAGUGUCGCCGGCCUCGCGAGCGAGUCGUACGCCGGCCUGAUCUUCUGGGACGCCGACUCGUGGAUCUACCCGAGUCUGCUGGCGCUGCAGCCCGACUAUGCGAUGACCAUCAACAACUACCGCACGCGUCUGUUGGGCCAGGCGGCCAGGAAUGCGCAGUCGUACGGCUAUGCCGGCGUGCUCUUCCCGUGGACGAGCGGCCGGUUCGGAAACUGCACUGGCACGGGGCUCUGCAAGGACUACCAGUAUCAUCUGAAUACGGACGUUGCGCUGGCGCAUUGGCAGUACUUCCUGCACACGCGCGAUGUGGGCUGGUUGGCUGAGAAGGGGUGGCCGAUUCUCAAGAGCGUCGCGGACAUGUUUGCUGCAUAUGUCGUGCGGAACGAGCGCUCGGGGAAGUACGAGACGUUGCUGCUGGGCGAGCCGGACGAGUUCGCGUACAACAAGAACAACGGCGCGUAUACGAACGCCGGGAUCAAGAAGCUGCUCGGCGAGUGGGCGCCCGCUGCAGCGGAGAUACUGGGCCAGGCCAUCCCACAGAACUGGUCGAGUAUUGCAGAGAACAUCGAGAUCCCGUAUGACGACGAGCACAACAUCAUCCUCGAGUUCAGCGGCAUGCAGGGAGACUGGAAGGUGAAGCAGGCCAGCGUCGCGCUGAUCAACUAUCCACUGGAGUAUCGGAUCAGCGAGAGGCAGGCAAAGAAUGACCUCGCUUACUACUCGAUCGCCAACACGCCCGACGGGCCCGCCAUGACAUGGUCCAUGUUCGCCAUCUCCGAAGCACAGCUGCAAGAAUCCGGCUGCGCAGCCUACACCUAUCUCCUGCGCAGCUCGGAGCCGUAUCUGCGCGAGCCAUUCUACCAGUUCAGCGAGACGGCGCUUGACGACUACGAGGCAGACAAUCCGGCGUUUCCAUUCGGAUUAAACCCGGCCUUUCCGUUCCUGACUGGCGCCGGAGGGUACCUGCAGGUGUUCACGCACGGCCUGACGGGGCUUCGCUCGCGGCUGGAUGCGUUGUAUCUGGAUCCCAUGUUGCCGCCGCAGAUGGCUGGGGGGGUUACGAUCAGGGGGGUGAAGUGGCAGGGAGCGGUAUUCGACAUAGCCAUCCAGCUCGACAAGACUGUCAUAACUAGACGGGCGUCAUCAGCGAAAACACCAGAGAAGCUUGUUACUGUCCGCAUCGGAGCGAAAAACCCGCGACACGGCGACUACAAACUGGCAGCAGGCCAGUCGCUGACCGUGCCGACGAGAAGACCAGAUUUGAACCAGACGGCAUCUACUGCGAAGAACCUCGCGCAAUGCAGGAUGGUCACAUCGAGCGAACCCUGGGUUUUUGGCAAGUAUCCUGUCGGGGCGGUGGAUGGGUCGAAUGCGACUGUCUGGCAGCCCAUGACCCCUGAACGGGCGUCCAUAACGGUGGAUCUGGGGACGAAGGCGAAUGUAUCCGGAGUCAGGAUUAAUUGGGGGGCGUCUCCGGCCAGAGCGUUUACUAUCAGCAGCAGCAGCAGCAGCAGCAGCAGCAGUGACUACACAGAUGACGACGACGACGACGACGACUUCACUCAACUCCUCCACAUCGACCACGUCGCGAUCUCCGCGCCGUACGAUGCUCGAGACAGCCGCGUCGUCAGAAUCAGAGAAGGGAAUACCACGACCCGGUUGCUGCCCGAGGCAGUCGAGGCGCGACGGAUCCGGUUGACGAUUGAGGGGACGCAGGGGGAGGAGCGACGACAGGGAGCGACUGUUGCUGAGUUUGUUGUUUUUUAG